AUGAAAAUAAUCGUCGCUCUUUUUGCCUUGGUAGCUGCAGUCAGCGCCUGGGAAUCCACUAUGACUAGCAUGAUCGGUUAGUUGUUAUCUAAAAACUCUCCUUUGAAUUUUGACCACAAAAUUGCAUGUUCUCUUUUGAAAACUUCAAAUGAAUGUUAAAAUCAAAAAUCAUGUAAAUGGAAUUUUGUUAAUUAAGUCUGUAAUUUCGUCGAAAAUGUAAUUGAACCUCAACCUAUCUUCGAAGAUAUAUUCAUGAAUUUCACUGAUUCAACAAAUAGCACUACUAACAGUACAAUUCCUUCUAAUUCAACUUCAAAUUCUACAGUUCCUACUAACUCUACUGUUCCCACCAACUCUACUGUUCCCACUAACUCUACAGUACCUACCAACUCUACUGUUCCCACUAAUUCUACAGUUCCUACCAACUCUACUGUUCCUACAAACUCUACUGUUCCUACCAACUCCACAGUACCUACCAACUCUACUGUUCCCACUAAUUCUACAGUUCCUACCAACUCUACUGUUCCUACAAACUCUACUGUUCCUACCAACUCCACUGUACCUACCAACUCUACUGUUCCCACUAACUCUACAGUUCCUACCAACUCUACAGUUCCCACCAACUCUACAGUACCUACCAACUCUACUGUUCCCACUAACUCUACAGUUCCUACAAACUCUACUGUUCCCACUAAUUCUACAGUUCCUACCAACUCUACAGUUCCCACCAACUCUACAGUACCUACCAACUCUACUAUUCCUACAAACUCUACAAUUCCCACCAACUCUACUGUUCCUACCAACUCUACAGUUCCUGUUAACUUUACUAUUUUAACAAAUUCAACCUCUAAUUACACAAUUCCCUCUAAUGGUACAGUGAACUCAACUAGAUUUGAUUUUGUCCCAGUUCUCUAGAUAAAUAAUUCAACAAACUCAACUAAUUCAACUAUUUCAUAUAAAUUGAAGAGUUUCUAGAUUUAUCAAAAUAGCACUAACCACACUUCUCAUAACAGUACUGGUCACAGAAAUCACACUUUCCAUAACACUACUGGAAAUCACACUCACCAUAACAGUACUUGGAAUAGAAACCAUACUUUCCAUAAUACCACAGGUAACCAUACUCACCAUAACAGCACUGGAAAUAGAAAUCACACUUUCCAUAACACCACUGGAAAUCACACUCAUCAUAACAGUACUUGGAAUAGAAACCAUACUUUCCAUAAUACCACUGGUAACCAUACUCACCAUAACAGCACUGGAAAUAGAAAUCACACUUUCCAUAACACCACUGGAAAUCACACUCAUCAUAACAGUACUUGGAAUAGAAACCAUACUUUCCAUAAUACAACUGGUAACCAUACUCACCAUAACAGCACUGGAAAUAGAAAUCACACUUUCCAUAACACCACUGGAAAUCACACUCAUCAUAACAGUACUUGGAAUAGAAACCAUAAUUUCCAUAAUACAACUGGUAACCAUACUCACCAUAACAGCACUGGAAAUAGAAAUCACACUUUCCAUAACACUACUGGUAAUCAUACUCACCAUAAUAGUACUGGACACAGAAACCAUACCUUCCAUAACAGCACUGACUAAAGAAAUAGUACAAGCAAUGAAACCUUAUCAUUUAACUUAACAUUAGGUAACAGCACUUCUGGAAGAAAUCAUACCCAUAACUUUAAUUAUACUUUAGAAUAGAAUAUUGGCAAUAAAAACCAAACAAGAAAUAAUACCCAAAAUAUUGAUUAAUGCCAAAGAUUAAAUAAGACUUCUUGCUUAUUAUCUAAUAGCUGCUUAUACAGAAAUAGCUCAUGUGUAAGUACUAACUCAACAUUCUAACAACCUUUAGUCAAGAAGUUACUUACCUUCAGUGAACAAUGA